AUGUUGAUUCUCCGGCCUGUCGCACACGCCGCAGCUGCACUUGUGCUGCUUUGCUCAGUCUCUGCAUCACCCCACAAUCCAUCCCACAAUUCGUCGACUUUGCUUCCUGUCGUAGACUUGGGCUACGAACUGUACCGCGCCAAUGCGUUUAACGAAACCCGUGGCUAUUAUAACUUUUCUAACAUCAGAUAUGCCGCACCACCCAUUGGUGACCUGCGCUUCAUGGCGCCUUUAUCUCCAGUCACCGACCGCUCUGUGAUCAAUGAUGGCAGUGUUGACCGCAUUUGUCAUCAAGGCAAAGCUUUAAGCAAAAGAGACGUCCGUGAGACUGAGGAUUGUCUCUUUUUGGAUGUCAUUGUACAGAAAACGAUAUUCGACAAGGCGGGUCGUGGGAAAGGCGCUCCUGUUCUCGUCUGGAUCUAUGGUGGAGGUUACACCGCAGGAUCAAAGGCGGCAGAACGCACUCCCAGUGGGUUGAUCCAGCGUAGCAUCACGAAGAAAUCCGACGGAGUCAUCUACGUGGCUAUGAACUACCGCCUUGGUGCAUUUGGGUGGCUGUCGGGACCGACUUUCCAGGAAAACGGAACCAGCAAUGCUGGUCUGCAUGAUCAGCGGUUUGCUCUCCAGUGGGUCCAGGAUAACAUUCACCUCUUCGGUGGCGACAAAAACCGCGUUACUGUUAUGGGAGAGUCGGCGGGAGGCGGCUCGAUUGUUCACCAGCUUACGGCAUACGGAGGUGUCUCCAGUCCGCCUUUCAAGCAGGCUAUCGCUCAGUCUCCCGACUGGCUGGCUUUCCCUUCAAAAGUCGGCCAAGAAACGGUUUUCCAAGGCUUCCUCCAGGCAGCCAAUGUCAGCAGCAUUGACGAGGCCAGGAAGCUUUCUUCCGAAGAGCUCAUGAACGCAAAUGCGCAGGUGAUAGCAGCUGCAUCCACGGCCUUCCGCCCAACUAUCGACGGAGAUUUCGUCGCUGAAGAUCCCAAAGCCCUCCUUCUCCAAGGCAAAUACGACAAGAGCGUAAAGGUAAUGGUCGGUCACAAUACUAACGAAGGCCUCGAAUUCACGCCUCAAGUUACGACGGACGCGCAGGCGGACGCCUUCAUCAGUGCCGCCCUCUACACUGCUCCGAAGGCAACUGUAGAAUACGUUACCACCACGUUGUACCCGCACGUAUCCAAUGGCACCAACAGCACCAGCGCGCUCUACACAACUCCAUACCAGCGACUCGCGCUUAUCCUUGGCGAGGCAACCAUCCUUUGCAACGCCUAUGCGCUGAGAACUGCAUUCAAGAACAAAACGUACGGAUACAUUUUCGGCGUGUCUCCCGGCCUGCACGGCCAAGAUGUUCCGCACACGUACUACGAUCCCGGUUCGGCGCCUAGCAGCGGUGACGGAGGGGUCGCUGCGACUUUGCCAUUCAAUGUGACGGUCGCGGAAGCCUUGCAGGAUUACAUUACUACGUUCGCGAUAACAGGCCAGCCCGACAGUGCUCUAGAUGGGCUGCCAAAGUUUACAAAGUAUGGGAGCGAUGCGAGCGUGGUUGGUCUUAGCCAGGGAGGUAUUAGCCUGCAGAAGGACACGGCGGCGAACGAGCGUUGCAAGUGGUGGGGCGAAAAUCUUAAUUUAUAG